AUGGAACAAGCGCGCCAAAUCCUGAAGAAGACAUUUGGUUUCUCGGAAUUUAGGCUCUCCCAGGCCCAGGUUGUUGAAAGACUCAUCGAAAAGGACAAAAAUGUGCUCGUCCUCUACCCCACAGGUGGGGGGAAAAGCUUGUGCUACCAAAUUCCUGCUCUAUGUCUUGAUGGAUUAACCUUGGUCAUUAGUCCCCUGAUCGCGCUCAUGAAAGAUCAGGUAGACGUCCUACGUUCCAAGGGUGUCCAGGCAGCCAGCUUGGAUAGUUCCCAGACCGUGACUCAGUCGAACCUCGUGAAAACGUCCAUAAAAGAAGGGACACUCAAGAUACUUUACGUUGCUCCCGAAAGGCUGAACAACGAAACUUUUGUUGAGAUGAUGAGGAGCGUAAAUAUAUCCUUGGUGGCAAUUGAUGAGUCGCACUGCAUUUCUCAGUGGGGAACAACCUUUAGGCCGGAAUAUCUUAAAGUUGCAAGAUUCGUUCAGGAGUUUGGUGUUCAAAGGCUAGUAUGCCUCUGUCUGACGGCAACAGCAACACCCCCUAUUGCUCUUGACAUCUGCAAUGGUUUUAAUAUUGACCCUGAAGAAGGGACAUUUCGCAUCCCCAUGUUCCGACCCAACCUGUCCUUUCUGGUCAAGGUGGCUGAAAAUCUGGAAGACAAGUUAGCCCAGGUCGUUCCGAUUCUCAAGGAACGCACUGGUCCCGCCAUUGUAUAUGUGACACUUCAAGCGCAUGCGGAAGAAGGGGCGCGUCUGCUCCAAAAUCGUGGUCUAGAAGCCAAAAUGUACCACGCUGGUAUGAGCAGUGAAGAUAGACAAUCCAUUCAGGAUUAUUUUAUGGCAUCUGAAAGGGGAAUAGUUGUUGCUACGAUCGCAUUCGGCACUCUCUGCAGUAUCGACAAGAAUAACAUUCGUCAGGUCAUUCAUCUCUACAUGCCGAAAACAUUGGAGAAUUACUCCCAGGAAGUAGGGCGCGCAGGACGAGAUGGACUUCCCUCUACUUGCAUCAUGUUCCUCUCCGAACCAGACAUACCGACCUUAGAGGGCUUCUGCCGUGGUGAUACUUGCUCGAAGACAUCCAUCCAUCUGUGGCUUCAGGAAGUAAUGUUGAAAGAACCUGGUCAGGAUGGCACGAUAGCCAUAAACCAGUACGAACAGACGAGAACUUAUGACAUCAAAAGCACAACCCUUGCGCUUCUGUAUGCCGAGCUGGAGCUCCAGGAAGGGCUCAUACGGGCGGUCACACCCUACUACGCCGUAUACGAGUUUAACCCAAAAUCGCCCCAAGCAAGCCAGAUUAUUAACCGAGAUGAGCACCCUACCGCAAAAGCGAUUCGAAGUUGCAUGCGCGCGAGGAAAGCGCAGUACCAAUACAUUAUCGAUGUCACUGGAGCAGAAAAAUUGACCCCUUUUAGCCGUUCAGAACUCUCAAAAUGGCUCAUGCAUUGGGAGAUGGAUGGGUUAAUUGAUAUCAAAGCGAGCCAAGUGCGCAAUCGCUAUCAAAUCUUGAGAGAGAGGCCUACAUCCCAAGAGGAGAUAGAGAAGCUGGCUGACGUCAUGCAUAAGCGAAUGGUAGAGCGAGAGGAGACGGCCGUCGCUCGUUUACGUUCUGUGGUUCAAUUUGCUACUGACAAUAAAUGUCUAGCUGACACCCUUGCAGCCUAUUUCGGAGACUCUGAUGUUGUCCCUGAUCAUCAUUGUGGACGAUGCUCCUAUUGCAUCGACGGGGCCAUGCCUCCGUUUGAUGCGCAGCUAGACAAGAUCCAAAGCUUGGAUCCUUCACUUAUUCGUCGAGUUCUUGAUAUCUGCCCAGAUCGGGAUGACCCACUCUUGCUGACCCGCAUUGCCUAUGGCAUCUCAUCUCCGCGAAUCACGAUGCUAAAGCUCGGAAAGAACCCUGUAUUCGGCAGUUUAGCGAGCGAGAACUGGGGUAUGUUGGUAAAGGCAUUUGAGGAGGCCUGUGAGAAGGGGGACCAGACGAGGGCGACUUCAGCGCCGUCAGAGGCCAUGGCUGCUCGCACAUCAAGUGUCAAGCGCAAGCAGGACGCGUCAUCCUCGGCCUCAAGGAGUUCCAAGCAGCGCAGAUUUAAGUAA